AUGAACGUACAUGUAGCAAAGGUAAAGUGGUCUCAAAUCCAUCUUCACGUGGCCAAUGAUCUUUGGGGCUCAACAAUUCAGACCGAGCUGACGACAUUGUUGGAGUCGUACCCACAUGAGGCCAUGGAGAAAAUACAAAAGCCAUCACCGACGCCUCUUCAUAUCGCACGAACAGGCAUAGGUAAAGAGCCACCCUCAAUUUCCAUCUGCAUCAAUAAAGACGUUUCCAGAAUGGCCUCGAAUCAGCAAACGCCCAUCCUCAAGGUGGGCAUCAUCGGCUGCGGCGAGAUUACCCAGGUAGCACAUAUCCCAAAUCUCAAUUUUCUCUCUCAACGCUACCAGACCACGUAUCUGUGCGACAUCUCACAACAGGCUCUUGAGCACUGCGCGCGAAAAGUGCAGGGAGGGCCGCCCAAGACGACGACUGAUGCAGCAGAACUCUGCUCUUCCCCAGACGUCGAUGUUGUGGUCAUCGCCAACGCUGAUGCGUACCAUGUAGAGCAUGGUCUCUUGGCGCUCAAGAACGACAAGUAUACUCUCAUUGAGAAGCCGGCCUCAGUCUGUUUCCGGGACCUAGACCUCUUGGUUGAAGCUGAGAAAAAGUCCAAGGGGAAGGUCAUGGUCGGUACCAUGCGGCGUUUUGCAACUGCGUUCACCGAUGCGGUCAAGGAAGUUGGCGGCAUGGAGAAGAUCCAGUACGCCAGGGUCAGAGACAUCAUUGGACCCAACUCGACUUUCGUCGGUCAGUCUGGUACAUUCCCAUUGAAGUUCAGCGACCAUAGUGAUGCAGACACCAAGGACAGACUGAAGCGGGAGACGGAUAUUUUCGAGCAGGCUCUGGCUAAGGAGUUCGGAGUUCCCGUGACCCCUGGUUCACAACUGAUGCUGCAGCUUCUCGGAGGACUCGGAACACACGACCUUUCCGCCAUGAGAGAGAUCAUCGGUAUGCCGAAUAGCGUUGCUGGAGCUUGUCUCACCUUCCCGGGCAUUUUCAGUGUCCUCUUCAAGUACGACGACUUCCCCGUCACUUACGAAUCCGGCUUCAGCAAAGUUCCGCAGUUUGAUGCACAUAUCGAAGUGUACUCUCCUGAGAAGAUUGUCCGCGUUGAUUUCGACACACCCUACGUCAAGGGCCUGCCAGUUACGAUGACAAUUAGAGAGCUGAUCGGAAAGGAUGGAUUUCAAGAGCGCAAGGUCAGGAAGACAUACCAGGAUCCAUAUACCAAUGAGUUCCUCGAGCUGUAUGAUUGCGUUGUCUAUGGCAAGGCUCCGAAGACAAGUGUUCAGGACUCGAGGAACGACAUCGAGUUGUUCAAGAUGAUUCUUCAGGCAGAUUCAAGCAGGUACCAAUAG